AUGGAAACACUUAAUCAUUAUAAUGAAUUAUGGAAAGAAACCAAAGAAAAUUAUAGUGAUCCACGUACGUCCGAUUUAUUUAUGAUGAGUUCUCCACUGCCAACAGCUUUAAUCUGCUUGGGAUAUUUCGUAUUUGUUGCCAUGGGACCAACAUUGAUGGCUAACCGUCCUGCUUUUAACAUUCGUCAAAUAUUAAUUGUUUAUAAUUUUGCGAUGGUUGCUCUAUCAGGUUAUCUUUUCUAUGAGUUUCUUGCUGCUGGUUGGCUAAAUGGUUAUUCAUUAGGUUGUCAACCUGUUGAUUAUUCUCGAUCACCAGAUGCUAUGAGAAUGGUUCGAGUAUGUUAUUUAUUUUAUCUAUCAAAAUUUAUCGAGUUAUUGGAUACCGUAUUUUUUAUAAUGAAAAAAAAUUUUCGUCAAGUUUCCGUCUUACAUGUUAUACAUCAUGGUAUUAUGCCGAUAAGUUGGUGGUUUGGUAUUCGUUUUGUUGCCGGUGGUUUUGGAACUUUCCAUUCAUGUAUUAAUUCAUUCAUACAUUUUCUUAUGUAUUUAUAUUAUGGACUUGCUGCCCUCGGUCCAUCUUAUCAAAAAUAUUUAUUUUGGAAAAAAUCAAUGACAUGGAUGCAAAUGAUUCAAUUUAUACUGGUAAUGAUUCAUGCAUCACAAUUAUUUUAUAUAGAAUGUAAUUAUCCAGUUUUAUUCGCUUAUUGGAUAUUUGCAUAUGCCAUUAUGUUUUUACUCUUUUUCGCCAAUUUUUACGUCCAAUCAUAUUCGAAAACUUCCUCAUCGACAAUCUCAAAACCUAAACAAGCCAAGUCUGAUAGGAAUAGUCACAAAAAAGAUGAAUAA